GAAAUAUUCAAAUUCGAAAUUUACCAAGCUAAGCUACGAUAAUAUUAUAUAAUUAUUAUUAUAAAUUGAUAUUACAAUAAGAUAUCAUGGAUGUUGUAUCUGAAAACAAUUUCUGUUUUGCUUUGCCAAAAAUCGAACUUCAUGCUCAUCUGAAUGGUUCUUUGAGUGAUAAGAUUCUGCGAAUAUUAGGAUGUCGUGAAGAAGAUGUGCAGGACUAUCAAUGUGCUUCAGUUGACCAAAGAAAUCUUGAUGAUACUUUUAAGAAAUUUGGUAUUGCUCAUAAAGCUACCUAUUGUCCUGAGGCUGUUUAUAUAGCAACCAAGAAUGUUAUUGAAGAAUUCUCUCAAGAAAAUGUUAUCUACUUAGAACUCAGAACAACACCUAGAUAUGAGGUAGGAAUGAGUUCGGAAACUUAUGUUGAAUCGGUAGUCAGAGGAAUUCAAGACACAAAAAAUCAUAUGAUGGUAAAAUUGAUUCUCUCCCUAAACCGGCAGCAUAGCAUAGAAAAAUGUCAAAACCAUUUAGAUUUGAUUUUGAAGAUGAGAUCAAAGUAUCCUGAUAUAAUACAAGGGAUAGAUCUUAGUGGAAACCCUAUUCAUGGAUCAUUCAAUGAGUUGAAAUAUCUUUUUGAGAAGGCCAGAAAAGCAGGCCUGUCAACUACAAUUCACUGUGGUGAAAUUGAAAAUUCAGAGGAAAUAAAAGAAGUAUUAGCAUUCAAACCAGAUAGAUUAGGACAUGCUUGUUAUAUACAUCCAAAUUAUAAUGGUUGUGAGAAAAAUUGGUAUCAAUUGAAAGAACUGAAAAUACCAACAGAAAUUUGUCUCUCAUCGAACGUUAUAACUGGAACAUGUGAUUAUGAGAACCAUCAUGUUCAAGAAUGGAUUAAGGAUGACUUACCGUUUUCCUUGAAUACUGACGACAAAGGAGUAUUCAAAACAUCUCUAACACAAGAGUUUCAGUAUGCAAUGAAAUUUUUAAAUUUAAGUUCUUCUGAACUCUGGAGAAUCUCUAUGAAUGCUAUCGAGCAUAGCUUUGCCAACAGCGAAGAAAAAUCAUUUUUAAAAUCUAAAUUAGUAGAUUGGAAAAAUAAAAAUUUACACUUUUUCACAAAGUAAGGAUAUCGGUUAUUAAAACUUGAACUUCUAACAAAAACAGUUUAUUUAAAAAAUAUCAAAAAUCAAAUAAAUAAUAAUCAAGCAUAUUAAAUAAUGAUUGGAACACAGAUAUAAUUCAUGUAAAUCUAAAACAAAUGGCAUCAAGUAAGUGCAUUCAAAGUGAUUUUUUAAUAGUAUAUUUAAGCAUUGACUAUACGAUUAAUUUAUAGUCAAUGAUUUGAGUAAUGAUACUUCGUCAAGAAUAAUUAUUAUUUUAAUAUGUUAUACUUCAUUUUUGAUCUGUGAAAUCAAAAUGUCCUAUUUUUUGUUCAUAAAACCUAAACAUUCAUCUACUGCAUUUUAUAGGUUUUUUGUAUAUAAUUUUUUUUUUAUCUCAUCACCUCAAAUGCAAAAUUUAACAAUAGCACCUAUUUUUAUGGGAAGCCCAAACAAAGAAAAAAUUUCUUAUUAUACUGCAUAGAAUUGCAUUUUUCUCUGCCUCUUACAAUUAAACUUUUUAUUUAUAUUAUAUUCAUUACAACAGUUAUAAAGGUAAUUCAAAUUAAAUGUCUCUAAAUGAACUUCAACAGUAGUUCUGAUUGUUGCUUUUUUGAAAGACUAAAAAGUCAUCAUGAAACUCAGUACUAGAUGACAAACAGUAAAUAAUGUGAUAAUAACAUGUAUUCCCAUUCAAAAAUAAAAAUAUUCAUAAAUAA